AUGUCGGAUAAUGAUUCAAUAUAUAUACCAAUACCUCAUUUCCCCCCAUUUAAAUUGAGAUCAUCAAUGAUCGAUAAAGAUCCAGUAAUUUGGGCUCAUUUAUUACAAGCUUAUAUUCAAUUGAUGCAUUUUUUACUUGAUCCAAAUUCACCAAAAUUAAAUGUUAAAUCACAACAACAAUUUCAAUUGUUUUUGAAGAUAUAUUUACAAGAGACAAGUGAAGAAAGUGAAAGAAUUUUUUCAUUGGGUGCUAUUAAUCCUGAUAUUACCAAAAACACAGAGAUAUUAAGAUCAUUAGUAUUUCAAGUUAUUAAAAAUUAUAGUUUUGUUAAAUUAAAUAUAACUGGUGAAAUGAUAUGGAAUUUUGUUAAGAUAUAUGUUCUUAAAAAUGUUCAGACUGUAAGAAGUUUAAUUGAUGGUAAUUUCAAAUCUAAAUUCAAUGAUAAUAAAAAAUCUGGUCAAAUUUCUUCAAUUUCAGUUUUACAAAAAUACUUGGAGCAAUUGAUAUCAAGUGAGAAAUUUAACAAUAAUGACUUAAGUUGUUUGACUACUUUAUUAGGUCAACAUACGGCAAAGACAACUACUUUCUCAAUGGGCUCAAAUAAGAGUGUAAGUAAAGUUUCAAAUAAUAGUUUAACAUUUGCAGAAAGUUUUGUCUCAGUUGAAUGGAUUGAGAACUUGGAAAAUUUAUACGCUGGUGGUAAAAGUGUAAAUGCAGAAACCAUUAAAAAUAUUAUGGUUUUAUCAUUGUUAUCAUUAUCCACUACAAAAUUAGCAAAAUUGGCUCUUGGUUUGGGAGUUUCAUCUGUCGAUACUUUAUCUUUAUCACCGUUAUUUAGUGCCAUUAUUAUAUCAGAGUCAUUUAAGGAGCUCAUACCUAAAUUAGAAGAGAAGUUGCAAUUUUUGAGACAAGUAAACAUUGAUGGUGAAGCAAAUGAAGAAUAUGACGAUGAACAAGAAGAAGACGAAGAUGGUUUUGAACAAAAUAUCGAAGGUAUAUCCCUUCUCGUUGAUUUAUUUCCUGAUUUGACUGAAAGAAAGGCAAAGAUCAUAUUACGACAACAUAAUGGAGAUGUUGAACAUGUUACAAAUUUAUUACUUGAAAAUCCAGACCUCAUUAAUUCAAUAGCUGAAAAACCAAAGCAAGUGAAGCAACAGCCAAAAGUUAAAGUUGCUCAACAAAACAAACAAAUACCCAAAAGAUCAAUCUACGACGAUGAUGAUAUAUCAAAAGGUGAUUUUUCGAACUCAAAAAUUACGUUUGGUAAAAAACAAAGAGAAAAAUUAGGCUCAACAAAUGAAGAUUUGAAGAAGAAAACUUUAAAUGCUGCAUUAAGAUUAAUGUAUGAAAGUGAUGAAGAUGAACCAGAUGAUACAUAUGAAGAUCAAGAAAAGACAUCUGGUCUGGCAUUAGAUGAAAAUUCUAAAAACAGAAAUGGAACUAAAUUAGCUGUAUUAAAUGAUGAGAAGAAAUCGGCAUUCAGCGAAGUUGAUCCAAAGGAGAGGUUUUUGUUUAGUAUUUUCAAAAAAGAUGGUGCUGACGCUUUUAGUAAGUUUAAAAGAAAAUCAAGUGAUAGAUCAAAGCUAAGAAAAGACACAGAGUGGUCUGAUGAACAAAUUGAAGGAUGGUUAAGAAUGUUAUUAAAAUCUCCAAGAAGGUUUAAAAUUUUGGAAGAGGAUUACUUUUAUGGAGGUGGAAAUCCAAAUAGAAGAAAUCAUAGUAAGAAAAUUUCAAAAGAAGAUGAUGAAUUACAACUAGGAAUUGAGGAAUCUUCAAAGGUGUCAAAAACCAAAACCCAAUCACCGACACCAGAAUCUAAAGACAAACAACAACAAAAUUCUCAAUCAAAAGAACAAGUUAAACAUAAACAGGCUAGAAAUGAAAAAAAUAAAGCAAAUAAAGCUAAUCACAAUAGGAAAUCUAAACAUGAUAAAAAAUCUAAUCUGGCAUUAAUUGGAAUGCAGUCAUCAUCCUAA